AUGGCUUCUCUCCACUACCUCCCUCCCGUCAAGCCCUCUGCCAUCGCUCUCGGCACGGCCUUCAACCACGCUGUCUCCCUCGCCGUCCUUGGACCCGUCUUCGGUGACGCAUACCGCCGCGCGCAGCAGGCUAACUCCAAGGAGGAGUACUUCCACACCAAGGAGGCCGCUACCGCUGCCGCAUCGUGGGGUAGCUCUAUCCUCGGCUCUGGUAUCCAGGCCUACGGUGUCGGUGCUCUGAUCAACGCUACCGGAACUCUUACCUACAAGGGUGCUGCUUACCUCGGUUCCCUCAUCUUCUUCGCUUCCGCCGCUCCCUCAAUCGUCUCCCAGGUCGUCACCGAGAAGCGCCCCAUGGACACCAUCGCCGUCGGCGCUGUUGCCCGCGUCCUCGAGACUGUCGGUCUCAGCUUGUUCCUCACCUACUGGGGAACCCGCACCAACCCCUUCGACUAA